UAUUAUUACUUUACACAGAAGGGGAUCAUCCACCAAGGCCAAUCGGAGUCCUAAUCUAUGUAAAUUACUAUAUUUGAUUAAUUAGUUAUUAAACUUAAAUAACCCCAUUUAACUUCUAAAUAUUAGUUGUUAAAUAGAAACAAAUUAAAAAAUAAAUAAAUUAAUUAAUUAAUUAAUUAAAAAUAAAAAAAAUAAAACCUAUAAAAUUGCGAUAUAAUGAUUAUUUUUGAGCUAGAGAUUAGAGUGUUUCAAAUCUUGGUCCCUCCAAUGUAUUUGGCCGAAAUCCAUCACAAACUAUAAAGUUUGUAAUUCCCAACCUUAAACAAAAAGUAUUUUAUCACAUAUAAUUAUAGUUGAAGGACCAUACAAAAAAUAAAAAAAUAAAAAUUAGUAACGAACCCAAAAAUUUUUAAUCAAUAUAAUAAAAUAAUAUUUCCACAAAAAAAAAUAUUAUUAAAUAAUUAAUUGGAAGGAAAUCACUCCUUUCCAACCAUGUAAUGCCAAAAUGCUAGAAGAUCGAUAUCUAUAAGCACAACCAAUUAGUGAUGCUUAAUUAUGUACAAUUACAUAAUUUAACUUUGGACGUGAGCAUUAUUAAUUUUGCUCACUACCCAAUCAUACAAGGAGUCUCCAACUCUCCAUAAUUAUACUACAUAUAUAUAUACCUCACCUUACACUACACCUAGCUAUCCAAUUCUAAGCUCACUACUCCAUUUACUAAGCUCUAGCAAAACCAACUUCCCUUUCUCUAGCUUUCCCUCUCCAAUUUGUACGUCCAUGGCAUCAAAAAUCGAAAUGGAACCACAUGUCAUAGUUAUACCUUUAAUGUCUCAAAGCCAUCUAAUUCCCAUGAUAGACCUAUCUAAGCUCUUAGCUCAAAGAGGCCUUAUUGUUACCAUAAUCACUACACCACGUAACGCCCUUCGCUACCAAACUACCAUCGAUCAAGCCAUAAGCUCCGGCCUUUGCAUCCAACUCGUGCCACUUCCUUUUCCGUGCAACAAGGCCGGACUACCCGAAGGAUGUGAGAACCUUGAUAGUCUCCCAUCUCCUGAUUUGCAAACAAAGUUUCUUGUAGCUAGUUCUUUAUUGCAAGCACCACUUGAAAAUUACCUUAAAAAAAUGGAUCUAAAACCUAGUUGUAUUAUUUCUAGUCUCCCUUGGACAAGUGAUGUAGCACAUAAAUUUAAUAUUCCUAGGUUUGCUUACCAAAGUAUUUCUUGCUUCACUCUCUUAUGUUCUCACAAUAUGAUGUUUCAUAACGUGCAUGAAAACAUAGAACAUGAUAAUGAACCGUUUUUGGUGCCGGAUGUCCCGGAUAAAAUAGAGUUCACUUAUGCUCAAUUGCCUAAGAUGAUGAGGAGAUGUAGUCCACGAAUUGAUGAUGGUGUUGACAUGAAAGACAUUCGCGAUCAAUUUAAGCAAGCUUGUUCAUCCGCGGAAGGGUUGUUGGUGAACACAUUUGAAGAGCUUGAGUUUGAGUAUGUGAAGUCAUACGAAAAGGCUGUGAUGAGGAAUGUCUUUUGUGUUGGCCCUCUUUCUCUUUGCAACAAAACGGAUGAAAACAAUGGGAGAAUGGCCACAGUCGAUGAGCAUUAUUGCUUAAGAUGGCUUGACUCCAUGAAAUCAAGAUCAGUGAUAUACGUUUGUUUUGGCAGCCUAUGUCAUUUACGGCCUAAGCAAUUGAUUGAGCUUGGUAAGGGCUUAGAAGCAUCAAAUUGUCCAUUCAUUUGGAUAAUUAGAGAAAUUGAUUACAAUGAAGAAAUAGUAGAGUGGAUAAUAAAUGAAAACUUUGAAGAUAGGGUUAAAGGAAAAGGACUAAUAAUCAAAGGGUGGGUGCCUCAAGUGUUGAUAUUAUCCCAUCCUGCGACAGGAGUGUUUUUAACACAUUGUGGAUGGAACUCGACAUUAGAAGGAGUAAGUGCUGGUGUGCCUAUGAUUACCUGGCCAAUGUUUGCCGAACAAUUUUAUAAUGAAAAGCUAAUUGUUCAAGUGCUUAAAAUUGGGGUUAGAAUAGGGGUUGAGGUCACCAUGCAAUGGGGAGAGGAGCAAAAUGAUGGGGUUUAUGUAAUGAGAGAUAGUGUGAAAAAUGCAAUUAACCAACUUAUGGAUGAAGGGGAGAAAGGACAAGAAAUAAGAAAAAGAGCAAAAGAACUUGGUGAGAAAGCUAAAAAGGCAGUAGGAAAAGGUGGUUCUUCAUUCUUGAACGUUACUUCUUUUAUCCAAUAUGUUAGGCAACAAUAUGUAACGUGUAAGUGAUUAAGUCAAAGAUAUAUAAGCCAAGAAUAAAGAAAUUA